AUUUUAAAAACUGUGCGAGUCGCAAAAAUUUUAGACAAGCUGUCGUGAAUUUGAUCACAUAAAUAAAUGUUUCUAGAAGCUUUAGUUGUUUGCUAAUAUUUUAUAUUAUAUAAUGUAGUUAUUAUUACAAUUAUUAAGAUUUUUAAAUGUUCCAAAAUUUGCUAGAGGUGCCAACGUAUAAAAUAGCUUUGGCCAACAUGAUGAAAUGAGAAAUCACGCCUUUUGCCGACAUCGGUGCCGUUUGCCGUUUCUCGCACGCUGUGCAUGAGAUUGUGUACAAAAACUUAACCUCCAACUGGAGGAGCAAGACUUGUUGUUUUUAAAUAAAAAAAGAAACAUUUAACAUAUUGAAUUAAAGUGAAAUUUUUAAAUUACAGUAUUAAACAUCAAACAUGGCGAGAAAUGCGAACAGAGUAUAUUUGUCCAAAUCUAUUUUGGAAAUGAAAUUCAUGAAAAGGACAAAAGAUAAAGUAGAAAAACAAACGUAUCAAAAGGAAGGUGAAGAUUAUUUUAGUAGUCAACAGCAGUUGCCGAAGAAAACGGGACGAUACAUCACAGAAGCAAGUUAUAUAUUCUGUGAAGAUCUGAUCGAAGGACGAUUAAGUUUUCAAGGAGAAAAUCCAGAACUUGAGAGGCUUUUGGAGUUGGAGCAAAUGGAGAAAAACCCAAAAGUCGAGAAUGACAUGGACACUGACGUAUCAGAUGCUCAGAUGGCUGCAAGGUGGAGGGCCACUACCAAAAUCAAUGUGAGAAGCCUGGACAAUAAGAAAGAGGAAGUUAACGAAGAUGAGCAAGAGCCUAAAAGGAAAAAACCGAAAUUCUUAAAGCCCGUAGAUGAUUAGUUUGAUUAGGACGUUGUUUUAUAAUUUAAUUAUGAAUUAUUGUUUACGCAGAAGCAUCAAUCAUAGAGUUUUAAUAUUAAUGUUUUAAUACUUAAAACAAAAAGACAAAACUGCAUAACAUAUGAACAUAUUUAUAUUGACAAACUUUACACUUUACCAUUAUUAUUUGAUUGUUAAUGUGACAAAUUAAAAGUUUUUUUUGUAUUUUGACCAGUCUGAAAUAACUUUAUUUCUUGUAAAGAGCAGAUGGUUGAAAUGUUGUAAAUAAGAAUAAAUAGGACCUAGACAAA